UUUUGCUGAGACAUCGCAAGCCACCAUAUAUACCUAUUUCAUUUUUCUCUGUCUGUGGCUUUGGCAGUUUCCCCUUUUCUUCAACCAAGUGUGUUGUCCUCCUCCUUCCUCCUGUCAAUAGGUUGCAAACCACAAAAACCACCAAGAUGUCUGAGAAAAAGAUGACAUCAAGCCGCAGGCAUCACCUGAAGAGUGUAAUCCUUCAGAUUGCUCAAACCUGGAUCGAGGAGGAGAAGAAGGAAGUCAUUGCAGCAAAGGAGGCUUACAUGUCAGAGCGCUGUCCUGCUCCGGACGCGCAUGGAGAUCAGGCUGCUCUCAUGGAAGUUUGCAAAAAGCUCCAUGGUGCCAUUGACAAGAUAGAUGAAGAGAGGUACGACAUUCUGUCCAAAGUGUCCAAGGCUGAGAAAGAGAUUGAGGACCUGAAGCUGAAGGUUGUAGACCUGAUUGGAGUGAAGAAGCCCGCUCUGAAGAAGGUGCGCAUGUCUGCCGACACCAUGCUGAAGGCUCUGCUGGGAUCCAAACACACCGUCAACAUGGACCUGAGGGCCAACCUGAAGCAGGUCAAGAAGGAGGUCAAAGAGGAGCCGACAGAAGCAGCGGGUGACUGGCGUAAAAACAUUGAAGAAAAGGCUGACAGAAAGAAGAUGUUUGAGACCUCCUAAAUGUACUGCUGCUGUUCUUUUAUCCCGUUUACAUGGACUCCGAUUGUCUUAUGCGUGUUGGUCAAAGCAGGUGAAAUGUGUACAUGUCACAUGGCUGCACAAUAUCCAGCUUGGGAGUAGUUGUUUUACUGGAAGUGACAUGCGUGCUGGGGUUUUUUGCACUUUGUUGAUUGGAGGAAGGGGAGUGUGGAGCCUGGAGGCAUUAGUACCCCCCAAAGUUAGAAAACAUUCACACUAAAUGAAACAUGUUCAAUAAACACAAUAUUUGGAAGAAAAUA